AUGUCGAGGCACUCGAAAGAGUCGACCCGAGAGAAAUCUCAGAUCGAGCUUGAUCCAAAAUAUGACCACUACGAGUUUCCUACUGUCUCUCCCGGCAACCAGCCCGGUCACCCUGGCCAUACAACCCCAGAACAGGAUGCACAAGUCUUCCAGUUGCGUGCCAUGCUCGAACAGGCAGGCUGUACCUCUGGGCUGGAUACCCUGACUCUUUUGCGAUUUUUAAGAGCAAGAAAGUUCAACGUUGAGCUGAGUAAACAAAUGUUCCUCAACAACGAGAAAUGGCGCAAAGAAUUCGGCGUCGAAGACCUCAUUCGCAACUUUGAGUACAAAGAAAAACCUCAGGUGUUCCAGUACUACCCACAGUACUAUCACAAAACAGACAAGGAUGGCCGCCCUGUCUACAUUGAGCAGUAUGGAAAAAUUGACCUGAACGCCAUGUACAAAAUCACCACCUCGGACCGAAUGGUUCAGAACUUGGUGGUUGAGUAUGAAAAGAUGGCUGAUCCACGACUGCCCGCCUGUUCCCGUAAGGCAGGAAAGUUGCUCGAGACUUCUUGUACCAUUAUGGAUAUGAAAGGCGUGGGCGUGGGAAAGAUAUCUUCCGUCUAUGGUUACCUCAAGUCAGUUAGUGCCAUCUCACAAGAUUAUUACCCAGAGCGAUUGGGUAAGUUGUACAUCAUCAAUGCGCCCUGGGGCUUCAGUAGUGCUUUCAGCUUCGUCAAGGGUUUCCUCGAUCCUGUCACCGUCGCCAAGAUUCAUGUCCUCGGGUCGGGGUACCAGACCGAACUUCUCAGUCAAAUUCCAGCAGAGAACCUCCCGGUCCAAUUCGGUGGCAAGUGUGAGUGUGAGGGUGGCUGUGAAUACAGCGACGAUGGCCCCUGGCAUGACCCUCAAUGGGCUAAACCACCGAAAUGGCAAAGAGAAGGAUCUGCCUCCGAGCAGAAAGCAGGAGAUGUGGUCCAACCUGCGCCGACCGAUGGGGCACAGGAUCCGCUUGAGCAGAAGCAGGAUGCUGCUCCGGCGAAUGCUCCAGCCAAGGUUGAGAACGCGCCGACCGACGGGCCCAAAAUUCCUCUCGAGAAUCAGUGA